CUUAUCUCAUCUCAACAUGCUCCCCUGAUAAGGAGCGGAGCGUCCGUGGCGAGCCGCUCCGUCUUUCUUUGGGGCGAGCCCCAGUGUGCACCUUCAUCUUCUCGAAGGCACAAUCCAUGCUGACCUUGCACCGUGGUACUCUUUCCCACCCACAUCUUUCUGGAACAGAUGUCUACCGCACCCGAGACCACUGUCCCUGCUCCCGUCGAGGCCCCAGCUGCUCCUGCUGUCGAGGCUCCGGUCCCUGCUGAGAGCACCCCCGUCGCCACUGAAGCCGCCACCCCCGCCGUCGAGGAUGCCAAGUCUGCCGCUGUCGAGGAGCCGACCGCUCCCGUCGUCGAAGAGGCCCAGCCUGCCGUUGCCGAGGAGGCUGUUGCACCUGUCGUCGAGACCAAGUCCGAGGAGACCAAUGCCGUGGAGGAGGCCGUCGCCGCUGAAGACAAGCCCGUCGAGGAAGCGAAGGUCGAGGAGAAGGCGCCCGUUACCCCCAAGAAGGAGAAGCGUCAGUCGUUCGUGAACAAGAUCCUCGCCUCCUUCAACAAGUCUCCCAAGGAGAAGAAGACCAUCAAGGAGGUUAUUGAGGAGGUUAAGGCUGAGGUCCAGCCCGAGGAGACCGUCGCUGCUGCACCCGCCACUGAGGAGGCCAAGCCAGCUGAGGAAGUCAAGCCUGAGGAGGCCAAACCUGAGGUUGUUGCGGCGGAGGAGGAGUCUGCUACCGACGCUGCUGUCGCCGCUGAGCCAGAAGUCAAGGCUGAGGGUGUCAAGAUUGACGAGGCUGCCAAGAAGGAGGACAGCAUCCCGAACAAGAAGGUCGGCCGCCGUUUGUCGCUCAAGGUCGGCCAGAUCCGCCAGAAUCUCUUCAAGACAGCCAAGAAGGCUGUCUCUGAGGCCCAGGAGCAACUGCAGAAGGCUGAGCAAGUCCUCGACAAGAAGGCUAAGGAGGGCGAGGCUGAGGCUGUCAACGAGAAGGCUGCUGCCCCCGUCACCGAUACUCCAGCCGUCGUUGAGUUGCCCAAGACCGAGACUGAGACCCCAGCCGCUGCCGCAACUCCAGCUGUGGCCGCCAACUAGAUGCAUCUUGUCGCCUACUCGACAUGCAUCUACGCUCGUUCGGUUCUAACAUCCUAAUUUCUGCACGUAACGACUCCGUACAAACAAACUUCAGGUACAUCAUCUCCUCAUUGGAUUCAUCUUGUCGACAUCACGAGUCACGACCUGUCGAGGAUAGCCAAGCAUGGCGGCAACCCAUUUAUACCCGCGCCGUCUGCUCUGCUCCCCCG